AUGGCUUCUGAAGCGGCAGAGAUUAUCGACCUCACAGUUACUCCCCCACCGGUAUAUGCUGACCUGGAGGACGAAGAGAUCAUCCUCGUGAACGAGGAGACUACAACCAAUUCGAAUGGAAAGCCAAAGAAGCCUCGAAGGAAGAAGGGACGCAUGACAGAACCUGUUGAAGUUGGUGUUGGAGCGAAGGCCAGUAUGAAUGGCGUCCCUCACGUUAACAUUACGAAUGGGUGCGAUGGAAAGCGGACUCCAGCGGAGAAGACGCUGACCAAAAAGUCGCUACUCGAGCGUAUGCAAGACGCCAAUUCAGUCAAUGCCUCUACCAGCGGAAGUGGGGGAGUAGUCAAUCUGGAGGAAUCAGAACGCGGAACGAAAAGGAAGAAGCGAAAGCAGAAGAGAAGUGGGUCGUUGUUACAGGACUCAGAACAAUAUCAGGGUCGUGGACGACGCUCUCGCUCACCCGAUCGACAGAAGGAAGACAACAGAUCAUCUAACUCGGCGAUAGAUGACAAUAACUGCGCCUCUUUGUUCUUCGUCGAUGUCAAUCAUUCUGACCUUCCAUCCUCCAUGAAACUCAACGAGCAGCAACCAGGGUCUUCGGGGAAAACACCAGAGCAGGAAGAGACACCUAUGCUGCUACUUCCGGCGCACGUCUCUGUGUUCGGCGAAGGUGGCGUGGACCCUGUAGAGAUUCUUCCACCAUCGAAUCCGGUUUCCGACGACGACGACUACAUUGAAUAUCUGGACUAUGACGAUGAUCGCAAGGCUCCGUGGAUGAAACGGUAUUUCGACCAACCUGAGGACGAGGAAAAGGUUGCGAAACCGACAAAGAUCGUGUGCAAGAAUUGUGGGGCAGAAGGCGAGCACAAGACGUACCAGUGCCCCGUCCUAAUUUGUCUAACGUGUGGCGCACGAGAUGAACACUCCACACGGAGUUGUCCCAUCAGUAAGACGUGUUUCACAUGCGGUAUGAAGGGACAUAUCAAUAAGACAUGUCCCAAUCGGUAUUCCAGUCGAGCUGGCGUCAGCCAAUCUGAAUGCGAUAGAUGUGGUGCACGAACACACAACACCAAUGAAUGCCCAACGCUGUGGCGCAUGUAUGAGUACGUUGGCGAUUCAGAGCGGCAGACUAUCUUAGUUGCCCGAGAUGCCAAGAAGACACUGGCGCUAGGACAGGGCGGUGAAGGCUACAUCGCCUCUGACGAAUGGUGUUAUAACUGUGGCGCCUGUGGCCAUCUAGGAGAUGACUGUAGAGGGCUACCAUAUGCACCGGAUAUCCCCCGCGAGCCCUCCGCGUUCGGUUCGUACAAUACCGUGUCAGGGCCCUUCUAUGACACUUCAUCGGCAUCCAACGAGAAGCGUCCGCCUCGCGACUGGGAAGUUGCGUCUGCGUUCGCUGACGGGUUCGGAUUCAAUGCACCCAUGAAUGUCGGCAAACAGGGUCGGCAGAAGGAGCGGGCGCGGAUGGAGAUGCGCGCGAAGGAAAUUGAAGAGGAGGAGCGGCAGGAUGAUUGGUUCGCGCGACCAAAUGGUCGCAGGAGCGGUGAAGGUGCUGAAAAUGGGCAAGGACAACCCAAAGGAUAUGCGGGUGGGAAGAAGAUAGAGAUUGGCCUAUCAAGUUCCAACUCAAGGAGAGAUAAUAGACGGGACAACAGAGAUGGGGUUGACCGGCCACGCCUGGUGUAUGAUGACCUACCCGGACCAUCACGAGAAACGGAUUCAAUACGGUUGCUUGGGGCAGCUACGAAACAGUACGAUGACCGGUAUGGUGACCGGUAUAGUGGCAGUCGGCGCGGUCGGUCGAGAGAGCGGGACCGAGGGAAACACUGGGACAGACGGGACGAUAGACGAGAUGAAAGACGGGGAGAGAGAGGGCCGCGGUAUCGAGGAGGCUAUGCUCGAUGA